UCCUCUCUUGGAACGUCCACCGCCUCGAGCGCCUCGCUCGGCCGGCGAUCCGUUCGAAAGAUCGAUCGACGCAGCUCGACGCGUCCUCGACGCCAUGGCGGUCACGUCUCGACGUCCUCACGUUCUCCGAGCGUUAGCUGCGCUGGCCUUCGCGGCUUCCUGGGUGUCAUGCGCACGAGCGUUGGAGAUGGUGUUUGCGCCGAUGCGAAGAGACGUGUGGCUCGGGUUUUCCAGUCUUGUGGGCCUUGGAGGUCCAGCGAGGGCCUUGGUGGGCUCAACGUUGUCUCCUGACAUCGAAGAGGUUGUCAAUGCACCUUCCACUGGCAAGGACUUUAAGACCAUGGCUGACGGUCUACAGAUUCUGGACUUGGCCACUGGAAAGGGCGACCUGGUGAAAGGAAACCAGGGCCUCAGGGUGUGGGUGUGCCUCAAGAUUCAAGGCGAUGAGUGUUGUUCAGAGGGUGAUAUUGUGGUGGUGGACUGGAGUUUGCGGAAAAGCAACGGUUACUUCGUGGACGCCUCCUUCGGCUUCGACCCGGGGCGUGGCAUCGACGAGAAGUUCGGGGUGGGCUCUCCGGAGCUGCGGUUUUCGCCGAAGGGGGACAAAGGUGACCAGGUCAUCGAGGGCAUUCGCCGUGCACUCAUCGGCAUGCGUGUGGGCGGCACGCGGCGCGUCAUUGUGCCCCCGAGCUUGGGCUUCGUGAAGGAGGAGUUGAAGCCGAAGCCGGUGGAUUGGGGGAGGCAGACACAGAUCCAACGUGCUAAGAACAAGAACUUUGUCGUCGAGUUAAGACUCAAGGCCUUACGCCCCUGAUGCGGUGCUCGGCUUCGGAGCUUUCUUUCGGUUCAAAAA